AUGAGUAAUAUUCAAAAAAUUAUUGUGGAUAGUAUAAAGAAAGACAAAUCGUCUUACAAAGAGAGUGGCUAUUACAGUCAAGCUAUCAACAAUGCAGCUUAUGCUGUUUUUGCCUGGGCAGUACCAUCAGUUAUCAAUGCUUGUGGAUUAAAACUAUCCAUGUGCUUAGGUGUUCUUAUAAAUAUUUUAUUUAUCUUUCAAUUUUUACUAGAAGAAGUUUGGAUUUUAUACACGUUCUGCGGUUUAGCAGGUAUGGGUUGCGCUAUAUUGUGGAUAGGAGAAGGUGAUUAUUUGGCUCAAAAUUCUUCGGACAAAACAAUCAACAGAAACACUGCAAUAUUCUCAACAAUAGUUAAUUCAAGUAUGAUAGUUGGAAAUAUAAUUGUUUUGUGUAGUUUCAGUGGAAAAGAAAAAAUAAAUCGAAACACGCGUAUAUUGCUUUUAACAAUUCUGGCAGGUGCAUGUGCAGUCGGAUUAGUGAUAAUGUUAUUUCUUCCUAAACAUAAGCCAAAAGAAAAAGAUAGUAAAGACAGUGGAGUUAUCGGACCAGUAGAUUCUAUUCUGAACGCAUUGAAGUUAUUUUGUACAAGAAACAUGUUGUUAUUAAGUUGUUUGUUUUUAUAUGGAGGGCUGGAAUACGCUUUCUUCAAUGGAAUUUAUUCAUCUGCAAUUGGAUUUACAAAGGUACUGGAUAAUCGUAAGCAAUUAGUUGGCAUGUCAGGAGUUUUUGUAGGAAUUGGAGAAAUAUUUGCUGGAGGUGUAAUUAGUAUUUUUGGUAAACAAGUUGCCGACUUGGGUAGACGGGUCUUAGUAGUUGUAGCGUUCUUCAUACAUAGCAUGAGCUUCAUAUUAAUUUUCAUAAACCUUCCAAACGAUUCUCCAUUUGGGGAUACUGACCAAGCUGCAAUUAUUGAAAGUAGUAGUGUACUUGCAAUGUUUUGUUCCUUUCUUUUAGGCCUCGGUGACUGUAUAUAUGUCAACGUUAUAGUUAGCUUACUGGGGACGGUUUAUUCUGAAAAUACUUUCUCAGGUUUUGCAAUUUAUCAAUUUUUUAUAGGUGUGGGAAUUGUGAUUAGUUUCAUUAGUGCUACAUUUAUAGGACUUUAUUAUCAACUCUUAAUACUGUUUGUAUUAUGUGUAGUUAGUGCAGCAUGUCUUUUAAUAGUUGAUGCUUCUUGUAAACAGAAGGUUUUGAAGUAA